AAUCGAUGUAUUGGGAUAGAUGCCUACUCUCGCUCUUCAUUUAAGCAAAGCAUCUAUUCUCUCACCCGAAACUUGCUAUUUAGAACCCUUGCAGCGAGGCUUGCGAUGUGGUUUGCUUGCAUGUCUCCACCAAUUCAAAGAUGAGGCCGACUAGAAAUCGCGAGGAACAUGGCAGCGAAAGUCUGGUGAACAGCCAAAGGGCCGAGUGGUCCGAGAAGCUAGCUCAGUAUAACAUGUUCGGGCAACAUGUUGCCGCGGAAGACGAUGCUUCUGCUGCUCAAGGAACGGCGGGGUCCGUGCUACGAAGAUGGAUAGAGAAGCCCCUCAAAGCCUGUGGUGUCCAGGCACUCGAUGUGACGCGCAUCGCCCUCCCCGGGGAUCUCAAGGAGUUGGUUCUAGACAAGCUGUUAGACUUGGGAGCAGGCGGGCAACAAGAUUGGAACUUUGCCAGCACCGGUGGUCUGCUGGCCCUCCAGAAGUGGGCGGGCAACCAUAGAGACUCGGCCUCUGCUCGUCCAGGGACGGCGGCGCUACACCGGAGCAUCGACGCCGCCAUGGAUUUCCAGACGAGCGUGCUCAUCUGGCACAUGGCAACAGAUAUCUGCUACUAUGAAGGAUGCACCCAGUCCAGCAGCAAUCCUGAUAUGAAGGGGAAGAAGAGGAUGUGCAGAGAGGUGUCGAAUUAUAUCAUGUACCUCGUCUUCAAGUGCGGGGUGAUGCUCAAGACCAAUUCACAGCUCUUACAUCGCAAAGCUCACGGCGAACUGGAGGAAGCAAAAAAGGUCCGUAACCUAUCAGGUGUGGCCCAUGAGGAGAACCCUGCCCGGAUGGUAUUCCAGGUCUGGAAACAGACAGGCAGUGGAAUGGACCCGUUGCUCGCCUUUAAUCAUCUUAUGGAUGAACUUGGGGGAAGAGUGGUAAUGGAGAACGAGGAACUCCUCAAAGCAGGGAAAAAUGUCCAUGGCGGUGGACCAGCCGAAGCGGUGGCUCUUCCCCAGGGCAGCAGCGGCGAACAACCGACAGCUCAUAUGCAACUUCUGCAUAGCACAUACGAGGAUCUGGAUUCUGCAGUGACCAAUCGCGCGUGUGAGGUAGCCCAAGAGCUCAUCGCUAUCCAGGAAGAUGAAUGCUGGGAGCUCAUCACCGCUGUGUGGCUGGAGAUGCUUUUCUUCGUCGCGCCUCGCUGCGGUGGUGCUUUCCACAGCCAGCAUCUCAGCACUGGCGGUGAAUUCAUCACCCAUGUCCUGCUGCUAAUGUACUUUCUAGGCCCUUUUCUACCAUCCCGUAGUGAAUAGCUACAUCUGGGUACUGUCAGUAUUGUAUACAUAUCAUUAUUAUUAGGGUAAAGUCUGUUUUUCAACCCUGAA